CAGGGGCAGCGGAGCGGGGGAGGGCAAUGGCGGGUGCGCGGCUGCGGGGGCGGAGGGGUGCCCGGCGCCCCGCUCGCGUCUAAACGUCGCCGUCCGCUCCUUCUCGGCGCCGACUGUGAACCGGUCCCCCACAACCCGUCGUCUCACACCGGAAUAAAAUUGGUUUUCUCCGUACGGCGACACACAGACGUUGUGACCGGGGGGGGGGGGCAAUAGCGGAGGCCGGGGCUAUGAGACUGCAGCUGCCGCGGUUUCCCCACGCACCGUUCCCCAACGUUGACUGCCAUUCACUGCUAGUCAGGGUGCUGGUCGCUAGUGUGUCCCCUGAUGAGCUGCCGCUGACUGGACAGUCUCCGCAGACGGGUUUCAGACAGAACUCAGGGAAAUUUAGCAGCUGUAAAGGAAUCAUGGGCUAAAUGUGUGCAAACCCAUUGACACAAUGGGAACGGCAUCUUCGCUGAUUGGCGCAAAUGAAGUCAUUGAAGACACAGAUGGUGGCGGAGGGGAGGCUUGCGAGAUCCCAGUGGAAUUCAAACCGAAGGCCAGACUGUUGCGUAGCUCCUUCAGACGGGGUCCCCGGGUAAUUGGUGCAAGCUUUAAAUCAACAGCUUCAGUUGACCUUGAGUGUGCUGCAGAAUACGAGCGGCUCAAGAAAGAAUAUGAAAUCUUUCGUGUCAGUAAAAAUAAUGAGAUUGCCUCCAUGCAGAAAAAGGAAACCAAACUUGACAAGGAAAAUAAAAGGUUAAGGGCAGAGCUUCAGGCUCUCCAGAAAACCUACCAGAAGAUACUUCGAGAGAAAGAAAGUGCCCUUGAGGCAAAAUACCAGGCCAUGGAGAGAGCUGCCACAUUUGAGCAUGACAGGGAUAAAGUAAAAAGGCAGUUCAAGAUUUUCAGGGAAACGAAGGAAAAGGAGAUUCAAGAUCUAUUGCGAGCCAAACGCGAGUUAGAAACAAAAUUUCAGAGACUGCAGGCUCAGGGUGUUCAAAUGUUUGAUCUAGUUGAUUCUGACUCGGAUGAUAAUCAUACUGAUGUUACAGCCACAGGCACUCAGUGUGAAUACUGGAGUGGUGGUGUCCUGGGAAGUGAACCAUCUUUGGGCAGCAUGAUACAGCUCCAGCAGACAUUCCGAGGCCCGGAGCUCGCACAUAGUUCCAUAGAUGUAGAAGGACCAUUUGCCAAUGUUAAUCGAGAUGACUGGGAUGCUGCUAUGGCUAGCUUGCUGCAGGUGACACCAUUUCUUCCUCAGACCCUUUGGAGCAAUACAGUGCGCUGUUAUCUCAUGAAUACUGCAACCACACAGCCCGAAGUAGACCUACUUCUUCAAGAGUAUUUACCCAAGCUGCAAAUGAUGUGCGAGAGUCUCGGGCACUUCUUUCUUACAGUACAGUUCCCAAUGGACUGUGCCAGUCAGUACCUAACUGAGAGGAGACGCGAGAUAGAGAAAAGUUCCUUGUGUCUUUUUCUUCUGGGUUCCGAUUUACCUCGGUGCAUGGAAGAGGACUGUGAAGACGGUCUCCUGAAGAAUGCUGAUAGUAGACCGUUGAUAAUAUACCACAGAUUGGAGGAGGGCGGUGAGAAUUCAGAUUUAGUACUCCAGAUGAUUGGCAGACUGUCUGAUGCAAAUCAGAACCAAAAAGCAAAGAUAAUUGAGCAUGAUGGAUGUGCAGAGGAGGGAGCGAGGAAAGUGUUUUCCCAUGUAGAAAAACUUAUUAAACAGGAAUUGCUGGGUUGGGGAAGCACAGAUCUUGAAAACAAAGAUUCUGGAAUUGAGGAUGAUUCCACCAACUGGGAAGAGGAGGACAUUGACGAUGCAAUUUGGGAUACGCUUGAUGAGCAGGAGCAGUUAGAAGCUUUUCAAGCAGCUGUAGGAUCCACCUGUGAAUUGGGAUUUGAGAAGUAUUAUGACCGGCUGAAUGAACUGGUGACAGCUCCUGCACCUAUUCCUCCACUACUUGUGUCGGGUGGUCCAGGCUCUGGCAAAUCACUUUUGCUGUCUAAGUGGAUUGAACAUCAGCAAAAAUGCUCCCCAAACGCCUUAAUUUUAUAUCACUUUGUGGGAAGGCCCCUGUCUACCAGCUCGGACCCAGCUCUAAUAAUAAAACGACUGACAGUAAAGUUGUUGCAGCAUUCGUGGUCCAUGUCUGCCCUCGCCCUGGAUCCGAAUAAGUUACUGGAAGAGUUUCCUCGAUGGCUGGAGAAAUUAUCUGCACGCCGCCAAGGCAGUGUUAUCAUAAUUAUUGAUUCCAUUGACCAGAUUGAGCAAGCUGAACGGCACAUGAAAUGGCUGAUUGAUCCAUUGCCUGUCAAUGUAAGGGUGAUUGUUUCUGUAAAUGUGGAAACCUGUCCUCAAGCAUGGAGAUUGUGGCCAACACUACAUCUUGAUCCACUGAGCCCGAAAGAUGUCAAGACUCUGAUCAAUUUGCAGUGCUGUGAUGCUGACGUGAAACUGACUAGAGAACAGGAGAAGAAGCUGGAGAAACAUUGCAGAUCUGCAACUACAUGCAAUGCACUGUAUGUUACACUACUGGGCAAAAUGAUUACAAGCAUCAAAGGUCUGGGAGAUAUAGAUGAUAUUCUCCAGAAAUGUUUCCAGUGUCAGGAUACGGUGUCUUUGUACAGACUUGUGCUGCAAUCUAUACAACAAUCUUUGCCUAUUGACGGGGCGAAGCAGCUAAUGAGAGAGAUUCUCUGUCUAAUCUAUGUUAGUCACAAUGGUGUUAGUGAGGGUGAACUGUUGGAGAUUUGCCCAGAACUUUCUUGGCCUUUAUUAGCCUCCCUUCUUCAUAGCUUGCAGUGCACAUGUGUGAUAAUGUACAGCUGUGGACUGCUGAAGUUUCAGCAUCUUCAGGCUUGGGAAGCAGUCAGAUUGCAAUAUAUGGUGAAAGAAGAGCCUGACACUAUUAUAGUGUACAGAGAAAAGCUUGUGCAAUAUUUUUCACAUCAAAUGAGUCAGGGCAGAGUGACCUGGCGUGAUGCUGAUGAACUUCCCUGGCUCUUCCAGCAACAGGGAGAUAAACAGAAACUGCACAAUUGUCUGUUGAACCUCUUUGUCUCUCAGAACCUUUACAAGAGGGGCCAUUUCGCAGAGCUGCUUUCUUACUGGCAAUAUGUGGGAAUGGAUAAAUGCUCUAUGGCUGCUGCUUACUUUGAGUCUUUAAAGCAGUAUGAAAAAAACUGUGAAGGCGAGGAUAUGGUCACCCGUUUGGCAGAUCUCUAUGAAACAUUAGGGCGCUUUUUGAAAGACUUGGGCCUACUGAGUCAGGUACUUAUAGCUGUAGCACCCUUGCAGCGUUCUCUAGAGAUCCGAGAGAGUGCAUUGGACCCCGAUCACCCCAGUGUGGCUCAGUCCUUGCACCAGUUGGCUGGUGUGUAUGUACAGUGGAAAAAGUUCGGAAAUGCAGAGCAGCUGUACAAGCAGGCGCUGGAAAUCAUUGAAAAUGCCCACGGUUCAGUUCAUCCCCGGGUGGCUCAGGAGCUGGAUGCUCUAGCAAUGCUUUAUCAGAAACAAAAUAAGUAUGAACAAGUGGAACCAUUAAGAAAACGGUCCAUGAAGAUCCGACAGAAGGUUUCCAGACAGAAAGGAAACAUGCAUGGUUUUGCUGUUCUGCGCCGCCGGGUUCUGCAGUUGGAGGAGCUUACACUUGGGACUGAGUCAGCAGACACUGCUCGGAUACUGAAUGAACUGGGAGUUCUUUACUAUCUUCAAAACAACAUUGAGACAGCUGAAAUCUUCUUUAAACGUUCAUUGGAAAUGAGGGAGCGGACUCUUGGCUGUGACCAUCCUGACUGUGCACAGUCCUUGAAUAACCUGGCAGCUUUGUACAAUGAGAAGAAGGAGCAUGAAAAAGCUGAGGAGCUGUACGAGAGGGCACUGGAUAUUCGCCGUGUAGCCCUGGCACCUGAUCAUCCCUCCGUGGCCUACACUGUGAAACACCUGGCAGUGUUGUAUAAAAAGCAAGGAAAAUUGGACAAGGCAGUUCCUUUAUGUCAGUUGGCAGUUGAAAUUCGUCAGAAAUCUUUUGGCCCGAAGCACCCAAGUGUGGCAACCGCCCUGGUGAAUUUGGCUGUUCUGUACUCUCAGUUGAAAAAGCACACUGAAGCUUUACCACUGUAUGAACGUGCUCUGAAAAUCUAUGAGGACAGCUUGGGCCGUUGUCAUCCCAGAGUGGGAGAGACACUAAAGAAUUUAGCAGUGCUAAGUUAUGAGGAGGCCAAUUUUGAAAAGGCUGCUGAGCUAUACAAAAGGGCAAUGGAUAUUAAGGAAGCUGAGGCCUCGGUGCUUGGUGGAAAAGCUCUAUCAAGACAUUCAUCCACUGGAGACACUUUCAGUUUAAGAAAUGCGCUGGCUUCCAAUCCCUACCUGGAAAUGGGAUACAGGUGACUCAUGGAUAAAAAUGGACAGCAGAAGCUGUAAAUAUGAAAAACAUUGGGACAAAGUGAUAUUUUUAUUUGUUUUUACAGCUGUGUUGGUCACAAUAUGCUGUGUCAAGUCUAAAAUUGUGUUAUAUUUAAAUUUGCAGUGGAUAUUUUCUAAGAAACUGAAAUAAUCAUGUUAGGAGAUACAGGUAACAUAAAGAAACAUAAAUAACAUAAAGAAAUUUAUCAGAAAGAAAAAUUAGGUUCAAGCAAUAAAGCCCUGACAAUGGAAAGCAAAGUCCUUUCAGCCAGUAACUGGGAUCAUGUUAUCCAAUGGGUAUCCUGAAUUAGCAGAACACAUUUGUAAAUGAAGAAUUCAUUACUGAACAAUAACACUGCUUGUGGAAAGAAACAACAUUUUCUGUGAGCAACAUUUGAAGUUUAUACCAACGCUGAUUUUUGUUUUUUUUCCAGUGAAGUAUAAAUUUGUCUCUGAGUCUUAAACAGACUUAAGUAGAGCAAUGUUAAAUAUUCUUCUUUCUUUGAAAGGAAAAACAACAUUUUUUAAAGAAACCUCAACAACUUCCUUCCAAAAUAAAAGUAUGGAGAUCACUUUGAAGGAAAGUAACAGGAUAAUAACUGUGUGAAAGAAUGUUGAUGUAUAUUUUUUUAGUUGCUGCUGCAGAAUUCCUUAUAUUAUUGGAAAUGCAGUGUAGUGAAAUAACACAACUGCUCGUUUCAGUGAUAUGCUCAAUACCUCAAUAUUAAGUAUAGUACAUAAAUAUCUGGCUCUCAUCCCUUUUGCCAUUGAAACCCUCAUUGCACAAUGAAGGGAAAAGGUUCUUUCAGCCAGUAUACAUGUCUCUGUCACCUCAUUCAACUCUUUAGAUGUAUUCCUCCCAAAUCUCAUCCACAACUCCCCAUCUUCCAUCUGUUCAACAAAAUAUCCUGUUCACUAAUGCACGCUCUCCUUGUUGACCUCCAAUGACUUGCAAUCCUAUAGCACGUCUCCAGAAAUCCUCCACCAGUCUCCAAAUCAGACUGUGGCCUCACUCUACCCAAGUGCCUGCUUGCAGCUCCCAUUUUUACAACUGCUUUUGUGGCUUGUGUAAGGGACAGCGCUGACAAAUUGCUAGCCAAUGAUAGCGAACAAGUAUAAAAUUGAUUAUCAACUGGAAACUCAUGGAAGGUAUUUGCAUCUACGGAGGAGGACUGCAAUAAAGACCAAUAAUAAAUUUGUAGGAUGGAUGUGUAAUUGAUAAACUAUUUCAAUGUAGACAAGUGUGAUGUGAUUCAUAUUGGUGAGAGUAACAAAAUGGCUGUUUAAAAAUGUGUAGCAUGGUCAAGUCACAAAGGAAUUUAAGGGGUCUCUCCACAUAAUUAGAAAUAGCAACACAGGGUUAAGCACAGGUUAAUAAGGCUUUGAAAAAAAUGUGAAGCAUAAAGGUUUGCUUCCAGAAGAGGGUCAAAACUGAAAGUACAGAGAUAUUGUUAAAUUUAUGUCAAACGUUUGUUGAGCCACAGGAAGAAUAAGGUGAAUGUUUCAGGAGAUUUCAUGUUUAAAAAAGGAAAUUAAGGCACUCCUUGGAGAAAGUGGGAAUAAGAAAUGACAAAUAUAAUAGCAGAACUGGGAAAUUAUAAUUGGAAAGGCUGAACCGACUGGGGCUCUUCAGAAGAGAGUGAUCUGACGUGCGAUUUUUGUGUUUAUGGAGUUUGAGAGGGCAAAGAAGGUAUUUUUGCUUAUGAGAAAAUCUGAAAAUGUUAAAUUCUCAUAUCUUCUGAUAAAUCUGAUUUGUCAGUAAUAAAUCCCAUGAAGGAUUUGGGAGAAACCUCUAUGCAGAGAGCGGUUAGAAUGAUGAACUCUUGACAGUAUUUGAGGUGAAUAGCACAGACACUUGUAGAGGGAAGCAAAAUAAAGUUUGAGGGGGGAAAAAAAGAAGUAACAGAGUACAUACAAGUUAGAUGAUCUAGAGUUGGAGAUUCAUAAGCAUUAAUACUGGCAUGACUUGUCUUGUAGAUGGUAAACAGUGCAGUGUACAUUUUGGUAGUGUGUACACCGACCUGGCCUUAGAAACAGCAAACUCCUUAGGAGUUAGGGAGUUCUGACUUUGCCUUGCUGCCACUUUGCCUCACCACAUCCUUACUCACCUUCAAAAAUAGCUCAGAUUUUUUGAUUCACUCUAACCACUUAUAUGAGCAGUGAUCUGGAACAUUAUUACAAUAUAGUCCUGAUGUUGUCCUUAAUCUUUUGUGCAGCAAAUGUGCUAAAAUUUCAAGUUAAAAGUCACAAAGUUUUUUGCAACUACCUGAAUUUUGACUUGCAUCUUUGUUAUGGACUAUUUCUCUUCUAAGUUAUCCUGAGACAGUACAAGAGGAAAUGUGGGUAUAUAUGCCUUGAUUGCAAAUUGCCAAUAGGCAAAAAACUGUUAAUUUUUCAAAGGUACAUGUGAAAUAUUUAGAUUAAUAGUGCAGCUGUAAUGUUAUCUACCGUUUGAGAAACAAGCUGUUAAAUCCUGAAAUACAGUAUUGUAAAUGAAGUUGUAACAAAGAAUUUGAAUUGUACUUACCACCCUUAUGACAUGAAGUAAUGCACGGUGCAUUUAUUAUUUUGGUGCAGAACUUGUGGAUGCAAUCAAUCUGAUGUAACUGGAUAUAUUAAAAUUCAUUCAAACUA